GUUCAACAAGCCAAAGACAAACGUGUGGAGUUUUGAUUACUGGUUUCUUUCGGGUUUUUGUCUGCUUUUCAGCAAAAGCUUUAAUAUCUAUAUUACAUUUUUUUGUUUAUUUAAUUUUUUUUUGGUUUCCUUCUUUUUAACGAGGCUUCUUAAGCUUUGUGUUUUCUGUACAAUACUUGGGGUCAACUCGGAGCGGAAUCGGGCUCUUAUAAAUAAAACUACUUUAUGAGUCAAUUUUACCAACAAAUAUGGCUUUUUUAUUCAAGAAAAAUAGAGCUGGCUCAAAUCCGCUGAAUAGACCUACUGCUUAUAAGAGCGCUGGAUCCUUGAAGGAUUCUCCUCCUCGUUCUACUCAAGAAGCUGAUUUAGAAACUAGUAGCCAAUCUUCUUCAGAAAUGAAGAAAGCUCUUCCUUCGAACGGCUCUAGUUUCACGGUAUCUCCUUGGUCAAAACUGACAAUACGCGGUUCUUCACACGUAUUGCCUCGGUAUUCCCAUUCUUCUCAUCUUUUUGCUGAAGGAGGACAGGAGAUGUAUAUAUUUGGAGGUAUUUCCUCCAACUCUGAAGCAAAAAAUGAUCUUUGGGUUCUGAACCUUGCUACAAGUCAGUUCUCGAACUUGCGUUCCACUGGCCAAGUACCGUCUGCAAGGCUUGGUCAUGCUUCAGUUCUUGUUGGAAAUGCUUUUAUCGUAUUUGGUGGUCUCACGAAUAAAGAGGAUAUAGACCAUCAAGACAAUUCCCUCUAUUUAUUGAACACCUCGUCCUUACUUUGGCAGAAAGCCUCAGCGUCUGGAGCCCGCCCAUCUGGCCGCUAUGGUCACACGCUUAGCACUUUGGGGUCCAAGGUUUGGCUUUUCGGUGGCCGUUUACUCGAUUACUACUUUAACGAUCUCGUUUGUUUUGAUCUAAACAGACUAAAUACCCAAGAAUCCAGAUGGGAACUAGCCUCCGUUGUUAAUGAUCCCCCUCCUGCUCGUGCUGGUCAUGUCGCUUUAACUUACUCUGAUAAGUUAUACAUAUUCGGUGGUACUGAUGGUCAAACAUGUUUCAAUGAUGUUUGGUGUUUUCAUCCAAAACAGAGUGCUUGGUCAAAAGUAGAAACAUUCGGUCAUUCUCCUCCCCCGCGAGCAGGACAUGCAGCUUCAAUUAUAGAUGAUGUCGUGUAUGUAUUUGGAGGAAGAGCAUCUGAUGGUUCCUUUUUGAAUGAUCUAUAUGCUUUUAAAAUUUUAACUAAACAAUGGUAUAAGUUACUCGAUUUACCAUUUGCACCAUCUCCUCGCUCCUCUCACUCCUUAACGUCCACCGGCCUAACUUUAGUUCUAAUCGGCGGCAAACAAAUGAAAGAUAUUACAGAUUCCAACGUAUAUAUGCUAGACGUUACUCGGUUUCGUUUAAAUAAACUGCUUCCUAACUCGAGUCGCCAGAGAAAUGCAUCAUUCUUUAAUGGAUUAACUGGCAACAAUAGUCCACCCUCUCGAAUACCGUCUUUAACAAAUACAAAAGUUACUCGUACUGCUCCACAUGCAGUCCACUCUACCAAUAAUAAUACUUCUGUGAAUCUCAAGGCUCCUAUCAGGCGUUCGCCUUCAUUAAAAAAUGAUCAGAGUCCUCCAGAUGCUUUUUCUGGUCCGGCGAAAUUGAAUUCAUCGUCUGCUGUGGAUCCUAAAUCUUUUGAGAGUAAAGCAAGUGAAGAUGAUGUGUCAGUUUCUAAUCAACAUUCAACUAAUAAGUCGAAAUUAGAAGGUGAGAUGCCUGUAGAAUCACCAUCGUCAAUAACUCCUUCUCUACAUUCCUUAGAUGCGACUAUUAAUCAUAAAGGCAGUCAUUAUGGCGAAAUGGGUAACGAUUUACCAGAAAAAUCGAUUAGGUCAAUUUCCUUGAAUUCAGAAACAUCCGACCGUCAGAUAUCGGAACGAAUCAGUCCAAAGGAGGUGAGUACAGAUGAUGUGAUGUCGAAUUUUAGUGUUGAACAAGGAAUAAAGCGAUCGCAAGACAACAACGAUCUUGGAAUUCUUGUGGAACAAUAUUCUGCUUUAACAAAAGAACAAAUCGUUACUUGGUUCAAACAGAAACUCUAUGAGAUUUUAAACGAAUCUACUGUAAAGAUUGAGACCUUAAACGAGAAACUGAAAGUUUCAAAUGCUGAGAAGAAUGCAGCCCUCUUUGAAGCUGCUUUGUCUAGAGUUAAUCCUAAUGUUAACAAGCAGGACGAAGCUAGCAAAUCUUUAUACACUGAGAAGAACAGUAUGAGUAACGUUCAUUUGAUGCAAGAGAAUGUAAGCUUGCAUAAGACGCUGGAAGUAAUGCGGGAAACUUCUACAGAACUAAGUCAGCAAAUGGAUGAACUUGGUUCAUCUAAGAAAACCCUUAUCAAGAAAAUGAGUGAUUUGGAGAAAGAGAUUUCGGAAGAAAAAAAGAAGCACCAUGCUGCUUCUUUACAACUGUUAGAACUUCAGUCGGUUUAUCGUGAUCGUGAGUCUUUGGUUAGAAGUCUGGAAGAUCAGUUGGUAGACCAGACAAUGCUUGUUAAUAAUUUUGCAUCUGAAAAAGAAUAUUUUAAAGAACGAUCCACCGGGUUUGAGAACACUGUCAAAGAUUUGGUACAAAGACUUGAAGCUACCGAUAUGUUAAAUAUUUCUUUGCAUGAGUCAUUAAGCAAUGUGCAGACAGAGAAUUCUCAAUUAGUUGCGGAAGUAGCACUUCUAAAAUCGGAGCUUACCAAGAAACAAGCUAUCAUUGAUUCGAAUUCUAACAUAUACUCUAAGUUGGAUGUUGAUAGGGCUGCGUAUGAGCGGAAUUCCACUAUGACAAACAACGGUUUGACCGCGGCUUUAGACAAUCUUUUGGAAAAUGAUUCUUACAACCGUAACUCGCAGUUGGAGGGUCUACGACAACAAUUAAGGAUCAACAACGCUAAACUAGAAAAACGGGAAAAGCUGAUCAAUGCCAGUAAAUAUAUUGAAGAUGGCUUGAGAUUAGAACUACGUGAAGCUUCCGAAAAAAUCAAUGCAUUAGAUUGCCAUACUAUAAGCCUGAAAGAGGAGAAUGGUAAUAUGCAGGUUCAGCUAAUGAACGCUCUGGAACAAAGAAACAAUGGUGCUAAGCAGCUGGUAAAUUUGCGCAUGCAAUUGGCUAAUACAGCAUCUGAGCUAGAUGUGGUAAAGCUGAAACUACAAGCCACGAUUGCAGCAUUGGAGGAAUCGAAAGAUGCUAACCCCGAGGCACUUGCAAUUUUACGUGGUGAUACUUCUCAAUUACAUGAGCUAUUCAAACAAACCUGUAGUUUUGUCGAUUCAUUUGCUCUAGUAAAACGUUGUUUUGCCGAAUUCGAAAGCAAUUAUCAAAAAUAUGUUGAAACCUCUCAAUCAAUGGAAGGCAAUGAUGACGAGGGCGAAUCUGUUAGGUCUAACGAAACUAAUCGUGCGGUCCAUAUGACUAAUAUUUCGUCGACUCUUAAUGGCGUUACAGAUGCUAUACGCUCUUUAGAGGAAAAAUUCAGCCAUUUAUUUAAUCAUGCUACUUCUGAUUCAGAAUUGGGACAGUCAGAAGAGAUAAAAAAAAUUAAAGAGCAGACUAAUUUUAUCAAGGUCCUUCUUCGCAGUCAAUCGGACGAAUUAGCAUUAGUUUAAUAGCUUGUUCUUUAUGAGGUUAAUUUACUUUACGAUCUAACAAAUUGAAUGCCUUUAUUAUGACAAUCUUUUUGCAAGUUAUAAAAAAGUUUUAGUACUAGAAAUUAUAUAUAUGAUUGUCAUAAGCAAUUACUGGAGCGUACAUUUAGCUUUAAUCCAAUUCCAUUUGUCAAAUGACUAUACUAACUUAAUGAAAAACGAAAUGAACUUUUAAGGAAGGAGACGCUUGGGAUCACGAGGGAAAGCACUUGCCAAACGAAUGUUAGGGAGAUUAAGGAAGAACAUCAAAACUCGUUCCAAACCGAUACCACCACCUGCAUGAGGAGGGCAUCCCAAAGCGAAAGAAUCAAUAUAAGCUUGAAGACCAGCAUCCGGAGCAAUACCAAGCGAUUUCAUUCUUUCAGUCAACAAUUCAGGAUCAUGGAUACGCUGAGCACCAGACAUGAUUUCUUGACCCUUCAUGAAAAAGUCAUAACUAUUAGAAUAACGAGGGUCUUCAGGAUCAGGCAUGGUAUAAAAGGGACGAGCACUGCUUGGGUAUUUGUCAAUGACAUAGAAAUCAGUGUUAUACUUUUCACGGAC